AUGUCUAGUCCGCGACGAAACCGCGAACCGGCUGGUGAGGCCUUUCCGGCUUUCGAGGAUGAGACUACAACGUCUUAUACGACGUCGACAACGACUCAGACGGUGAUUGGAGGCGAUGGCGCCCCUGAUAUACGCACCACGACGUCCGCAGCGCAUCCCAGUGGGCGCGGACCAGCCAUAACACACACAACCGACGAUCCGAACACGGCGCCCGUACCCUACACUCAGACGACCGUGGGUGCGCCGCCCACGCAACGAUUGGCGCCCCCACAGUAUGCAGUGCCACGGCAAAGGCCGAUCAGUAUCAGGAGGCUACCCUCUGCGACCAAUACACGAGCACUGGCUAGCGGGACUGACGAUGGCACACCUAGCCGAUCGAAUUCCGCGCGACGGCGUGCAGCGUCUGCACCGCAAGAGCCGGGACAAGCUAGCAGUGGUGGCCGCCUGACGAGAUCAAGCACGCGAGACAACAAUCGACAGUCUGGUCUGGCACCGAUUGAAGAAGGUCAGCAAGCACAAUCCGGAUUGGCUGUACCGCCGCCGACCGCAGGCAGUACUUCAGGCAUCGGACGGAGGAGAAGCUUGAGCAAUGCUGCAAGGUCUUUCGUCAGCAAGCUGAGCACCGAGGAGUCUGAGCACAACCCCGAAGACUACGAGGAUGAAGUUGUAGAUCUGUUGGACGUGAUCGACCCAGAAGUCCAAACACUGAACUCUUUGACUAACGUUCAAAAUUCGCUGUUCGUGCCCAAUCUCGGUCGCUGGCUCAAUCGACGACCAACAUACAAUCUCACCCGAGCGCCCUCCAAGAUCACAGAGGUGUCAUCUGCUGAGGCUACUCCAACCGCAACCAACGUACUCGAGGACCCUUCGGCACCGAAGCUCGACCCAGCACCACCAGAGCAUCCUCCUGUACAGCGCACCUGGUCCUGGCAGCGCGAGCCGCGCGUGCAAAGGAGGGGCAGCAUAUCAUCCGUUCUGACGGACUCUCAUUAUGCUGUCCUUCCCCACGGAGUUGACCUUGAGGAUUGGUCCGAGGAGGACAAGGAAGCUCUUGACGACCAUGUUCGACACAUGAUGCACUCCAGGCGCUCAAAAUUCAAGCAGCGUAUGCGGGCUUUUGGCAAAUAUGUCUCGAAACCCCUUGGCUUUUUCGUCACACUCUAUGCAACACUGAUCACCCUUUUCGGUCUUAUUUGGGUAUUGUUCCUCAUCGGCUGGGUCUACGCUGGCGAUGACCGCAACGACUAUGUCAUUCAUAUCAUCGACAGCGUCCUCGUUGCGUUAUUUGCGAUUAUGGGUGAUGGUCUGGCCCCAUUCCGAGCUGUCGAUACGUAUCACCUGUGCUUCAUCGCCAACUACGGCUUAAUGACCUGGCGUGUGCGUAGGGAACGCAAUAUGCCAGAACUCAAGGACCACAACGAACUGCCCGAGCGGACCGAGAAAGAAGCCGAUCCAGAGGCUGCCAAUCCCAAGGACGCAGAAUAUUCCGUCUUGAGUCCAGAACAGCAGAAAAAGCUGGUGCAUCAUCAGACCAAGUUCGCCAAGUCACACUCGUUUUACAAACCUCACGAGACAACCACGCACUAUGCCUUCCCGCUGAAGCUCCUGAUCACCAUUGUAACUUUGCUCGAUUGCCAUUCGCUCCUACAGAUAUCGCUGGGUGCAUUCACCUGGGGUUGGUCCUACCAUACCCGUCCUUCGUGGAUCACUGCUGUGAUCCUGUCACUAUCUAUCACAUGCAACAUCACAGCUGGUGUCCUCAUCAGUGUUGGAGAUAAGAAGACCCGCAAGAAGGAUGUCAUUGAGAGAAUGGCCCGGCAGGAUCUGACUGCGCAAGCCAUCAAAAAGGUUAAAAAGCACAAAGCUGAUCCGAACCAUCAUCUUGGACAUGCAGCUCAAGCACCCGAUGUUUUCGACCCGAUUCAAGAGGAGCAAACCAAUGAGAGUGAGUCUGCGAGAUUGAACAGGACGGGAGGGACGAGAUGA